AUGGGUAGCUGCGUUCUCUCGGAAUGCGGUCUCAGAUCGCUCCCUAGCCGCCGCCUCCCGCUGCCGGCGUGCCGAUUCUCGCCCAAUCCAUGCAGGGUCCUGCCGAUUCCGGCUCCAUUGGGCGCCCAGAGAGUCCACCCAUGCCGCGCGGUCUUCUUCGGCCCCCGCUCGGCCCGGGACUGGAGAUUGAAGGUGAGUGCCCCGGUGAGAACGGCGCCGGUGGAGGAAGGGGAGGAAGGGAGGACCAGUAGCUUCAGCGAGGAGGAGGGCGAGUUCGACCCGGGCAUGCCGCCGCCGUUCGGCCUGGCGGAGAUUAGAGCUGCGAUUCCCAAGCACUGCUGGGUCAAGGACCCUUGGCGGUCGAUGAGCUAUGUCGUCCGAGACGUAGCCAUCGUCCUUGGACUUGCGGCGACUGCGGCUUACUUCAACAGCUGGAUUGUGUGGCCGCUCUACUGGGCUGCGCAGGGCACCAUGUUCUGGGCUCUCUUCGUUCUCGGCCACGACUGGUAUGCCUCAAAUUUAUUAGACUUCACGCCUGCGCGUUGCCUGACCUCGAUGCCUGGUGUUAAUCACGUCCUUUUCCGUUUUCCUUGUUGUGGAAAAUUUUCAUGUCGAAAGCGGGCACGGGAGCUUCUCCAGCGAUGCGAAGUUGAACAGCGUCGCCGGGCACUUCCUCCAUUCCUCCAUUCUCGUGCCUUACCAUGGAUGGUGAGCUGCCCCCAGUUUCCAGAGGCCCUGCUCAGCACAUCUGGUUUUACGGUUUCGUCGCUUCACUCCAUGCCCUGUUUGAUACCCUUUAAUCAUCUCGAGGAACAUCGGUUUUUCGCUCGCAGGAGGAUCAGUCACAGGACCCAUCAUCAGAACCAUGGCCAUGUUGAGAACGACGAGUCCUGGCACCCUGUGAGUGACUGCCCCUCUGCUGUUCCCAGUUUCCUUCCUCGUUUUCUUCGUUCUUUCUGACCUGAUGGUCUCCUCGCCUGCCCAUCAGCUGCCGGAGAAGAUAUACAACAGCCUGGACUCUUUAACUAAGAUUAUGCGGUUUUCGGUGCCAUUUCCUCUUCUGGCUUACCCCAUCUACCUGGUGAGCUCCUGCUACGAGGAGGCGUGUGGACGAGCGCAAUUGCUUCCCCUCCAUGGAUUCUGACUGUCUCUUUCUUCUCUGAUUGCUCCACAGUGGAAAAGGAGUCCAGGGAAGGAGGGAUCCCACUUCCAUCCCGACAGCGACCUGUUUCUUCCCAAUGAGAAGAAAGACGUGCUAACAUCCACCGCCUGCUGGACGGCCAUGGCGGCAAUUCUGGCGGGUCUCACCUGCGUCAUGGGCCCGAUGUGGAUGCUCAAGCUCUACUUUGUGCCGUACGUGGUAAGCGCCAAGUGCUCCGACCACUGAAGGGCUGGGUUCUUCCAGCCAUGGUAUUCUUCGCCUGAUGUGGGCUUCCUGGUCGCAGAUCUUCGUUAUGUGGCUGGACUUCGUCACCUACAUGCAUCAUCAUGGCCAUGAGGAGAAGCUUCCUUGGUACCGUGGGAAGGUGAGCAAAAACACUCAUGGAGAAAACCCACUGAAUUCUUGCAAUUCGGGCAAAUGGGUUCGAUGAAACCUCUUGCUCUGUGAUCAGUAGAUACUUUUUUGAUCGUUUGGUGAGUUCUUCACGAGCAUCAUUAAAAAUUGCCUGCGAUUCGGAAAACCUUUCAGGAGUGGAGUUACCUGCGAGGGGGACUGACGACUCUCGAUCGAGAUUACGGCUGGAUAAACAACAUCCAUCACGAUAUCGGAACCCACGUGAUUCACCAUCUCUUCCCACAAAUCCCCCACUACAACCUGAUGGAAGCGGUGAGUAGUCAACGCCCAUCACUGGCUUCCUCGCGCUCUCUCCCUGUUCAUAUUGUUCCUGCUUAAAUGGUUCCUCCGUUCAAUCCCGCAGACGAAGGCGGCUCGGCCGGUGCUGGGGAAGUACUACAAGGAGCCGAAGAAGUCAGCGCCUCUCCCCUUCCACCUGCUCGGAGAUCUGAUGAGGAGCUUGAGGCGUGACCACUUUGUCAGCGACCAUGGGGACGUCGUCUACUACCAGACCGACCCGAGGCUGAACCCGACUCUGGGGUCCGACAAUUGA